UAUCGCUGGUGAUUGCUCUGGUGACGCGUGCUUAUGGGUUAAUUAGAAAAGUCACUCAUAAUGCGAAACGUGAAUUAUGAGUCAUCAACUGUGCGCAAGGCAUUGAAACAGAUGACGCACUGACACACUCUGGACACGCAUUGUUUAUAAAUAAAUCUUUCAUUUAGCGAUGGAAAUCAUCAUAUGCGAAACGGUAGUUAGUAACCUUCGCCACGCCGGCUGUCUCGUUUCUGAGUUGGCCAACGUGUGUAUCGUAAAACGUGUUUUUUUGUAAAAAGCGGGGACGUGUGUCGUGUAAUCGCUCAAGUGGUCGUGCGCGUUCAAAGUCGGAGGACCCCGGGACUCCGGACGGCGAAAUAAGUGCUAACGAAACGACGCCGCGAUGGUGAGCUGAGGUUGCACACGGGGCUCGAGGGGCAAUGGCGAAAGUCGCGAGAGGGUCCGAGACGGUGCCCACAGUUUUAUUAUGCGAACAUUGCACUAAUCAGACGUUCAAGCAAGUUCCAGACUUCGUUAGGCACUUGAGAGAUCAACAUUGUUCCAGAGAAGGUGGAUCUUUCGUAUGCCUCUACGGUUAUAAUGGGGUAUGCACCAGUCUUCCCGUGGAAGGUGUUUCUGACAAGGAUUAUAUAGCCCACGCCACGAAGCACGCAGUUAUGCAACAGCAGCGGAAGAGCAAUGGCCAGUUAUCGGAGGCGGGCUCGUCGUGGACCGUGUAUUCCGCCGCGCAAAAUCUACCUGCUGUCCUAAACGAUCCGUUUAAAGGGAAACAGAGUAACUUUCUCACGCGCACUUGGGGAGAUGGAUUCGUGGAGAAAGUGGACAUUCCGAAGAGUCCGUAUCUUCCUGAGGUCACGAUGCAGCAUUUUGAAAUGUAUCUGAAAAAAAUUGCGAGGAGAUAUCGGAAACAUUCGCGUAUGAAUUUGAACGCCAGCAGGCCAACUACUCCGAAUGAAUUGCUUCAAAAUUUCCCUAACCUUAAAAAAGUGAAAUCAUUGGAUCGGCUGCAGUUUGAUUUAGCUAGCAUUCCAAAGAUCUUCUUAGUUCCAAACUUAGAUCUUUCACAAAAAGAUAACUUUGAUGCUGUGUUUCCGUUUGCGAAAGAUGGUCUCUUAACUGAAGAUUGCAAUAUUGUUAUGCACGUGAAGCAAAUGCAAGAGAAGCUCAGUCACUACCUGGACGUUGUGGAAGUUCGAAUAGCGGAGCAAGUCGCGUCGAAAUCUCAAGCCUUUUUCCAUGCAAUGACAUCUCACGAUGUGCUUAUGGAACAACUCACUCAAACUAUUACGGUUUUAAAAGCACUUAGGAAAAAUAUUCAUCAAGUCGAUAACCAUCUAGUCAAGGAUUCUUUAGAAAUUUUACGGUUGGAACGUGCUAGGUCUAAUAGAUUAUUAGUUCAAGAAAAAUUGAAACUCAUGGCAACUGUACAUCAGAGUCAACCUAUGAUACAAUUAUUGUUGUCUACGCCAGAUUAUGUCGCGGCAUUAGAUCUUAUUUCUACGACGCAAGAAAUUCUCUUGCAGGAACUGAACGGAAUACAUAGCUUUAGACAUUUAAGUUCUCAACUAACCGAGAUGGAGAAGCUUGUGGACAAGAUGCUAUCGACCGAGUUUCAAAGAUACGCAACGGCGGAUCUCAAUAGACCGUUAGGUGACGAGAAUACCGUCUUAGACGGCGAUAAACUGGUCUCCAUCAUUUCUGGUCUACUACGUCAGAAACAUUUCCAAUUCGUGGACACGUACAAAGAGGAAGCCGUGACCACUAUAAGAGCCUUAACGAAGCAACGGGUGAUAGAGGCUCUGGCGGCGAGUGAUUGUUGUAGCGAUCAGCAAGCGGCAGCGCUCGAAGUUGGCGGUCUCUCCUUGACGGAAAGAUUAACUUUGCUCCACAACACUAUACAGUCUUUCACAUUUCUUCUAUUACGAGUUAAGGCAGUUCAUGAUGUAAUGAGAGACACCGCGGACUUAUCAGCGGGACGUUUAUGUGACGGCUCGUUUGACGAAUCAGUACCUGAUCGAUUACUGACCCGAGAGGAGCAUUCGCGAGUGAUCACUAAACUCAGUGACAUGAUCACCUCUGUAUGUGAUUAUUGCCACGAGCGAAUGGGAAAUCUACUUUCAGCUGGGACGAAUGAAAAGGACAAAUUCCACAACGAUAAGGAUAAGAUAAUUGGUGAUGUUUCGCUGAAUAAAUUAGAAGACAAAGAAUGUCAAACGUGGAACGAUAAGAGCUCUUGGUUGAGCGAGAGAGCAACGGCCGCUCAAGUUUGCCAAUUAGCCAAUAUGGUCGAAGAAUUCACAUACGCUUGCGAGAAACUUUGCGGCAAACAGUGUACCGCGUUACGAUCGGCAUUUAAGGCACAAGCAAGUAAAUUUGUACAACGCUUUCAUAAUGAACGCAAAACUAAGUUGACAUUACUAUUGGAAUCUGAAAGAUGGAAACAAGCUGACGUACCAUUAGAGUUCCAAUCAUUAGUAACAUAUGUGUAUGAAAAAAAGUGUUUUCCGCUCAAGAUAUCCACAUGCGCGGAUGACAUAAAGAAUGAGAGCGUGGAAAAUUUUAUCAUGGUUGGCGAUGAAAAAUUCGCCGUUGUUGGAACUGCUCUGAUGCUUAUGCAGAUGAUACACGAGUACUGCAGGACUGGUAGUGAGUUAGUUGCCUUGUCUGGAACUAUUGGGAGACAACUAGCCGAAUUAUUAAGACACUACAAUUCUCGAUGUUGUCAACUAGUUCUGGGUGCGGGCGCAAUGCAAGUUGCGGGCUUAAAAACCAUCACAAGUACGAUCCUCGUAUUGGCAGCGCGAAGUCUUAAACUCAUAUUGUGGUUUAUGCCUUUUGUCAAGGCACACUUUCAAGCACUCACGGAACAAAAUCCAAGUCGAGGACUCAUUGGCACAUCUGGUAUCAGUGGAGGUGUAGCUUUAUUAGAUAGUGUCGAAAGAGAUAUUCGUGCGCAUGUUCGUGAAAUUGAAGGAAAAAUUCUCACUAUCGUAGACAAUUUGUUAGGCGCACAAAUAUCCAAAUGGACAGCAAGACCUCCAGUGCCAUCCAAAUCUUUCAGAAAUAUCUCUAGUUAUCUAAUGAAGCUUCACGAAGCCGUCUCUGGAAUUUUGCCUACUGUCGAAGUACAAUCUCUUUACCGUACGGUAAAUUCAUCAUUCAAGGAGAAACUUAGAGAGCAACUGGUUAAGAUGAAUAUAGUGAACAAUGGUGGUCCGCAACAUGGCGUGGUUACGUCGGAACUUACAUUUUAUCUCGAAGCCUUAAGAAAAUUAAAAGUUCUACCGAGCGAAGAGUUAAAUGACAAUUGGAUGAGUGACAUAUGGACUAGAUAACAUGCAGAGCGAGUGAUAUACUGCAUUAUAGAAGCAAUGAAAUAUUAUAGAAAGAGGUGACUAGAGAAAAAAUCUGUUCAUUCGUCUUCCUUUGUAUUACUCAUUAUAUCCGAAAUAUGCAACUUAUGAUAACAAUGUUCAUCAAUUAUCUGAUGGAUUUCGCGAAAGAGAUAUUACUUGCAUUGAAUUUUGAACAUUAUGAGCUACUUUAAAUAAUUAUUGAUAAACUAGCAGAUUUGUUGGCAUAGUUUUGUUGGUUUGAUGUAAGGAGAAACAGUAAGCAAUUUGUUUUUACAAAAUGGAUAUUCAGUAUCAAAGAAAGAAUUUGACAAACGCUAAUCUCAUAGCUCGUAUUGACUUCGUAUUGAUUCAAACAACAUUAAUUUGUUUAAUAAGUAUUGUAUGUUUAAAACUAUAGUUUCGUAGAUGAGUUAAGUAAUCUAUUAUAAUAUGUUUACCUCCCUCCCAAGUACUUUUACUGACCAUAGUGUUCAAACAAAAUUGCUGUAGAGUGUGUAUAUAUAUAUGUAUAAUAUAGUAUAUAUACACACACAAACUAUCAUAGAUAUAUUCAUAAGAAUUUUGAGAGAAUAUUAUUUCCCAGAAUAAGUAUAAACAAAAAAUUGCAGAGAGAAACAGCAUCUAUUUAUUUGUAAUUUAACGUUACAUUUUGCAGACAUUUCGGUAACAGGACCAAACAAUGGUGGUAGCUUAUAAGUUGUUUGUAUGAUAUUGUAUUUACUGUGUGUGCAGUCGGUAUUUUUGAAGUUAUAUGUUUCUUUAUAAUUCAUUUUUUCAUGCUAAAAGUUUCACAUCAGUAAUCAGAUUUAACCAAAUUGUACGGCAUACGGUGUACAUAAAAAUUAAACUAAAAAAUGUGACAAGUGUUUCAAUUAUCUAUAUAUAUCUAUUAUGCAAUUCAAUUGUGCAUUAUAAUUAACUAAAAAGUAGCGAUGUAUGGUCCGCGCCUAAGAAAAAUUUAUAACAAAAAUGUAUGCGCUAUUCGUCAUUCAUAAGUUCUGUAGGAAAAAAAUGUUUAAUGACACUAAUAUUUUUUUGUUAUUUAUAAUAACAUGCGACUCUUGUAUAAUUGAUAGUUCGUUAAUUAUAUAUGGAAGACAAUGUGUUUUCCUAAUUGUGAAAAAUUUUUUUCUACUAUUUUAGACUACUAUUUUAGAAACUAUGCACUCGCAUGUAAUAAUUUAUAAAACGUUGAAUCUUAUCGCGGAUUGUGUAAGAUGCAUUCCAUUCCUGAUUUUAUCUAGUCCAAGUUGUACAUAAUGUAUGCAACAAAGAUACAAAUAAUAAUUGAUUUAAUUUAUAAAUAAAUUUGUGAACGCGCGUUAUGCGUUAUGAUCCGGCGAAGACGUGUUAGCAUAUUAUAAAACUCCGAAAACGUUUUUUAUAUCAAAAAGAAAUCGACACUAUGAAUGAAAGUGUUCAGAGCUGAUUAUUACAAAGACAUACUUGAUAGAUUUCUUUACCAAGGCUGAUGAUUUUCCGUUAGAUCAUCGCGCAUAUAAUUAAAGCGUUACACAGAAGAGUGAUUAAUGUAGAUAUAAAUUAUUAUAUCUUGUACUAUCGUGCAUAAUGUAUUCUAAACGUUAACAUACAAAAUUAAUAACACUGCAACUGGAAAAACAGUAUAAUAUUAUUUACAUUUUACUUAAAUAUAUGUCCUAAAAUGCCUAUCAAAUUUUGUAAUCCAAGAUUGGAUAUUAAUAGGAACUAAUUAUUUUUCGCGCUCAUCUCAAUACAGCUAUAUAUCGAAAACAGACUGUGCUCUGUUGCACUACAUUAUAUAUGAAAAAGCAUAUUACGAACUUAUACAUAUAUCUAUAGUAAUUUACAAAUUUAUGUCAAACGGGAGUGGUCAGUGGUCUUCUCAAACGAUCGCUUACCCUCGUUUCCAUGGUAAUGAAAAGUAAAACAUAUCCAUAACCUGAAGAAACAUGGAGUCGUGUGAAUAGAACUACAGUCCUCAAUAUCAUUCUUUAUCUU